UGGGAGUUGCUUCCGGGUUGCGCGCCCGGAAGUAGGAAGUUGUCGGCCUAUCCUCCUCGCCCGGCGGCUUGCUGUCCCCGAGGCGGGAGGAGCCCGAGGGGGCGCGGGCCCCGCAUUAAAUUACCUGUAGCAGAUUUCCUGUGAUUGGUUUCAGAAAUCAUUUGGGAGACUUCCCAGGUGGUCCAAUAGAGACUCUGCAUUGGAAGACAUGGAUCUUGCCGCUAAUGAGCUCAGCAUUUAUGACAAACUCUCAGAGACUGUUGAUUUGGUAAGACAGACGGGCCAUCAGUGUGGCAUGUCAGAGAAGGCAAUUGAAAAAUUUAUCAGACAGCUGCUGGAGAAGAAUGAACCUCAGAGGGGGCCACCCCAGUAUCCCCUCCUUCUAGCUGUGUACAAGGUCUUCAUAACCCUGGGAUUAAUCUUGCUCAUUGCAUACUUUGUGAUUCAACCUUUCAGCCCGUUACCACCUGAACCAGUGCUUUCCGGAGCUUACACUUGGCGCUCACUCAUCCAUCACAUCCGGCUGAUGUCUUUGCCCAUUACCAAGAAGUAUAUGCCAGAAAAUAAGGGAGUUCCUCUGCAUGGGGGUAAUGAAGACAGACCCUUUCCAGACUUUGAUCCCUGGUGGACAAAUGACUGUGAGCAGAAUGAGUCGGACCCCAUCCCUGCCAACUGCACUGGCUGUGCCCAGAAAUUACCCCUCCAGGUGAUGCUCCUGGAAGAUACCCCAAGGAAAUUUGAGAGGCUGCAUCCUCUGGUAAUCAAGACGGGACAGUCCCUGUCGACUGAGGGGCUUCAGGAUUUUUUGUGCCAGUAUCCGGAGGUGACAGAAGGCUUCACCGAAGGGUUUUUCACCAAGUGGUGGCGCUGCUUUCCUGGACGGUGGUUCCCGUUUCCGUACCCAUGGAGAAGACCCCUGAACAGAUCACACAUUUUACGUGAGCUUUUCCCUGUUUUCACCUAUCUGCCGUUUCCAAAAGAAGCCUCCUUGAAAAAAUGCUUCCUUCUUCAACCAGAACCUAUUGUGGGGAGUAAGAUGCACAGGAUGCAUGACCUGCUCACCAUCGGCAGCGGGGAGGCCAUGCUGCAGCUCCUCCCGCCCUUCCAGUGCCGCAGCCUCUGCCAGUCCGUGGCGAUGCCGCUGGGGCCAGGCGACAUCGGCUACGCUGGAGCCACCCACUGGAAGGUCUACAUUAUAGCCAGAGGGGUCCAGCCUUUGGUCGUCUGCGAUGGAACCACCCUGUCAGAGCUAUAGGACACAGAUCUAAAGGAACAGCUUUGAGAGCUGAAGACCAGAUCGAAAGGGGGAGAAUAAAAACAAAAAACGAUGAAACCACUUUCCAGGGGUUGGUUACUUAAGUCACCUGCCCCGUGCAUGCGUGUGUGAGCCAGUUGUGUGCUGGAGGCAAAGGCCAGAGCCAGGGCCUCCCAACUCUUCCAGCCCAGCUGCUUGGCCAGGACUCUGCCACCAAUACCGGUCUAUGAGAGACGGGCCUCUGCCUGGCCUCUUGGCACCAAAGCCUUGAGGCUGCCUUCAGGCAGGGAGCAGGGUUGAUACCGUCCCUCACUUGCAUGGCAUGAUCCCCUCUGCUGGCUCCUGGCCACGAGAGGGUAGUCAGCAGGUCCUGACUUCAGCACCAUCCUCUGCCAGGUGGGCCUGCCUGUCCCAUCUCCCUGGUAACACCACCCUGUACGUCUUUUGGAAAGCCACACAUGGUUAAAGAAGUCAUGGCAGUUUCCCAAGCAGAGUGGAAUCUCGAACCAGUGAAAAGGAUCAAAUAACCUCAAACUGCACUCGAGAACUGCACUUCCUUCCCAAGUGUGCGUGGCUCUCAGAGUCUCCGAUGCCAGGUCAGAGCCUGAUUGUAAUUGAAGCAGUAAUUCCUAAGGUAAUAGCUUUCUCCAUUCUGUCAGGUUCUCAGUCUCCCUCCCUCGCCUGUCUGGCUGGCGUCUCAGCAGUUGGGCUCCCAGCGCCCCUCCCUUGGCCCGGCCAGAGCCCUUUACUGCUGAGGCAGCACCGCUCUCAUCAGCCGUGUUGCUUUUACCAAAUGUCUUCAGAGGGGGGUGAGUUAAGAGUGCUGGCCCGGGGAGAGGGCGCCUCCCCGGGUUUGAUCUUUAGGGUCCGACUUUGUGCAGAAAAGAUGUUUUACAGAUGUGUCAAAGUGAUGUUGUCAUGUGGCUAGGGAAGGAACUCCAGACGCAAAGUGCUGGUCAGCUGGGCGUGCGACUGUGCAACUCUCUGUCUUGAAAUGAUUUCUCUCUCUGUACUGGGAACCAAAGUGAGGUGUUUUUAAUUCUUGUGAAAAUACAAAACCGUGUUCCUUUUGAUUGGACAAUUCGCUCUGCUCGUUGUUUUCCCCAAGUGCUUUUUGUAUGUCUUAAGUGUACAAAUAAGGACACUUUUUUUGUUUGCUUUCCCCCUUUAUUAAUCCUUUAUUGACUUUGUUAAAUAUCUGGCCUCUGAUCAUGCCAUUGCCAAGCUGAAGGAAAAGAAGCAGAUCACACUACAGCCUCUGGUUCUAAACUGCAGAAAUCAGACAGAUAGUGGAGGUGUCUGCUGUGUUGAGUUACAGACCAGAGGCAGACAGUGGUGGGGGAAGAGAAUGGGACUCACUGCGGGGUCCUUGCCAUCCUUUGGAGGCACCCCUGUACCUUGCCCCAGGCCCUCUUUCUCUACACAUCUCAUGAGCAUCAGUGAGGAUCACUGUGUGCUAGAAUGGCCUGUUUGGGGGCUUGUAAAGGACAGGGAGGGUUCACAGAGCUCAGAGCCUCCUCCACGGACUUGAGUGAAAGUAGGAUGAACUGUACCUGAGGGAAUUUUUGCUUAAAAGAAUCAGUACCAUGUGUGAAGUAAUAUAGGAAAAACAAAACUUCAUGUCCAUAUAAAAGGCAUGCUGCUAAGCAGUUAGAAUUUAAAAGGUUUUAAAUCAGAGGGACCAUUCAGAGGCCAGCUUUGUGCAUACUUUUAAAGCCUUUGCAAUAUCCUUGCCCCUGGUGAUACGUAAACAAGUUCCUUAGAGGUCUCUCAGAGUUCUCUUAAAUUAGGCCCUUUGGGUUAACAAAAGAGAGGGUUCCUUAGGAGCAAAGCAACUGUUUUGAUGGUUGAAAUUCCCCGUUGUGUUUUUAUGAAUUACCCCGUGUUCCUUCCCCAUUUUAUUCUGGCCCGUCACACCUUAAAUGAUCUUAAAAUGCCCUCUUCAACUCAAAAUUGAAAGACCCUUGUGUGUGUUGGUGUUCUGAGGUCUCCUGUGGGAGGUCCCCAGAGCUGUCAGCUGUCUUCAACAAAGAAUGGUCUGGCAGCAGAUAAGUAGAAACCUUCCGUGUGUACACUACUCAUUUUACUUAAAAUCUGUCCAGUUCAGAAUUGAAUGUAGAUUUAUGUUAGGGGUGAAAUUCUUCAAAGAAGGUUUUUUAAAUAAUGUACCUUCUUCUCAAGGUAAUUCUGAAAAGCAGAAUCUACCACUGACCAGUCAGUGGUCAGUGAGGAACCAGCGAGUUCCUUUCCAGUUACCCAAGGCUUUGUGUGAGGGUGCCGCAGGGUCACCCCUGCUCACCUAGCUCUCAGCUCCUCUGUGGAAGCAGCAAAAGUUCCUCCACAUGACCCAGUGUGGGAAGGAGGCUCAUAAAGAUGAGGAAGCAGGGUCAGGGGGCUGGUGGGGCCAUAGAAAUCCCCGUGUCUACCACCACCCUAAGAACAAAGCCACAGGGCUUGCUUUAAACAGAGGGCCUUGCUCACAAGUUUGCUGAGUGUUUACCAAGAGGUGACAUGGCAGUGAAACUCAUAUACUGAGUUUCUCUGGGGAGAAGUCAGCUCUCUGGGGGAGAAAGGCUGCUUUGGCCCCAGUUUGAGGCAUUAUAUCCAGGUGUCCUGAGGUCCCCAAAAGUCAGAUGUUGAAAAGAACACUACCCCUGUUCUGGUUCAUGAAGAACGUAAGUAGAACUUACCCUCUCCCCACUCUCAAUUUUUUCAGCAGGGAGAGAGAGUUUCAUAACCAUGGUUUAUGAAAACAGAAUCUGCCUCUUUGGUGAAAUACAAAACAGUCCAUAAAAUAGACAGAUUUGGGGUCAUUUUCUGAGAGAAAGACAUAGUAAUGUUUCUUAAUAAUGAAAUAGUCCAUUCCAGCUUCAGAUUGUCUGGGUACACAUGAUUUUCUCCUCUGAUCUUUGCCCAGUCCUGUGAAACAGAUAUGAGAGCCUCAUUUACAAGUAAAGAAACUGGGGCUAAGGACAGUUCCUUUGCUGGCGGUCGAUGGCUGGUUCCACAGCACGGUGUCUUCCUGCUCCGGUGCAGAGUGCUGCCCAGGAACAAAGCCAUGGGUCAGACUGACGCUGGUGUGCCCAGCUGAGUGGGAGAACCUAGGGGCAGGGUCAGCAAGCCAGGAGCUCUUCAGGGUUUGUUUUUGAAACUGUUUGAGACAGAAAUGGAGAGAAGCUAACAGAUGACUUUUAUAAAAAGCCUUUUCCUUUUUCCGUCCCCAUCUGAAAGCGCUUUUUAGGAGUGAAUAUUCCAGCCAUUUUCGCAUCACCACAAGUUUCCAGAUGUGUGAGCAGCAGAGGGACUCAGCCCAAUUCCAGUUGUGGGUCCCCUUGGAGUUUACAUCACUUGUUUUUUUACUUCGCGGUUUUCUAUUCCCUUCUUCCAAAACCCAGCCUAGGCCUCGGUGUAGGAGCAAUUUUAAAACAAAAUAAUUCCUUAGCUGCAGGUGAUGGCCUCAAUCAUUUUAUGUUUUUUAUAUAGGAAGUGUUCUUUUUUUUUUGACUGCACCACACAGCGUGUGGGAUCUUAGUUGCCCGACCAGGGUUGAACCCACACCCCCUGCACUGGGAGCACAGAGUCUUAACCACUGGAACACCAGGGAAGUCCCUCAGUCAUUUUAAUACAGUCUGGAUGCAGUUUUGCUCAUUAGCCAGUGGCUUCCAUAGUGAAAACUGAAACCCUCAGAGUAGAUGUUUGCUUCUCAUGUAAUCCUCACCCAGCAGAAGGCCAGGUUAUAGAGGAAAGAGACUAGUGCAGGGAGAGAGUCGAUCUUGUCUACCUUUUGAGAAUCACUUAUUAAACAGGAAUAUUUUAGACUUUUGAGUUUUCCUAUUGCGAGAAGACAAACUCUCCUGACUUACAAGUUCCACACUCCUUAAUCGUCCCCUUUUCAGCUUUUUCACCCACUAAAAUUGGUUGAAGGAAGGGAGUGCCAGAGAUGUGCUUUAAAGUAACAUUUUGGUCUGAGAAUCUCUCCACAUUCGGACCCACGGAUACUGGGUCCAGAGCUGACGCAUGUCAGGGCCAGGCGACUAGGAAAGUGAGGUGCUUACAGAGCGAGCUCUGUCACAAAUGGAAAGUUUGGUUGCCAUCAGCCUCUCCAUAUCCAGCAGCUGCUUCUGCAGAAGCAUCUCAGAGAAGAUGGACAGGUGGCCUCCCUCGUGCACACAUCCGAGUCCACCCGCCCUGGGCGCGGCGUGGCUCUAAGUGCUGGCCCUGGUGAGAAGCCCUCCAGCCAGCUCGUCUGUCGUCCAGGUCGCUUUGCGUCUGGUUUCCCUGCCCUGCAUAAUUUCAGCAUUAGAGCUAACUACAUCCGUCAGUUCUCCCUCUCUGGAGACCGUGAGACGUCCAGAUCUUUGCAGAAUACUGGAGAGAAGAGAUGUUACGAAACUCCCAAGUGGAGACCUGGAAUGGUCCAGACGUGAUGGGGCUGCCCACGGGUCACUCCUGCCUUCUUGCAUCUGUCUGUCUGUCUGUCAGCCAGCGUCAAUCCAAGAGUGAGCCAUAACUGCAGACACCCGUGCUGAGAAGGGAAACCAGCUUAGUUUUGAGUUUCAGACAGAAAUUGGAGAGUCGGGACAUCUGCUUCACACCAGGUUUAAUUUACCUCUUUAUCCCCCCUCUCCGCGGCUCUGUGGGGGAGGCGAGGUCAGCCUGCAAAGCCACCUUGACCUACAGCUCAGCAGGGUCCCAGCCUUCAAGCUUCAGCCCCUCAGAGCACUUCCAGCCUUUCCAGGAACAAACUCUUACCUGUGAGAAUUGGUGACCGGAACUGGGCGGACACAGGCCAUCAUUCCCAGAGAAGACACGGCCUCCGUCAUAGAUGACCUUCCCUCCAAACUUCUCUCCAUAGUCUCAUCCUCAGAAAAAUUCUGGCCAUGGUCUCCGCCCCCUCGUCCUUCCUGCGGGAAGGUCAGUGACAGACCCCUAGGGCAGAGGGGAGAAAACUGGAGAGGCAGAGGUGAGCGGGAACUGGGCGUUCAGCAGAGCGCCUGCCGCCACCAGGGAUGAGAUCCAGGACGGCUGCAGUUCCUCGAGGGAGCCAGGGGUGGGGGCCCCGUCGGGGGGUGGGGGGCUCCCAGUGAGCAGAGGGGUGGACACCUGUCCAGCCAUGUGGGCUCCGAGUGGUCUAAGCCGUUACUCUUCAGUGUGGAAUGUUGAUUGUAACUUAAUAUACUGAAAACUUGUAAAGAAUGUAUGUACAUUAAGGUUUCAUGUGACAAAAGUUUUUACUUUUUGCAAUAAAAAGUGUGUAUGUUGGUUGAUAAGAA